UUGCCAGUGAGUUCUGUGGAACUGGGGCUUGCCAAUUGCUCUCUGUAUAAAGAGAAGAGGCAGAGACGGUGAAAGGCAGAGAGAGGGAGAUGCAGCGGACAAAUCUCUCUCUUGCUGCUUCUCAGAGAUAAAUCAGCAGCACUGAGGGGGGCUGAAGCCAUGGGGUUCGCAAAUAUCAUCCUGCACCUCUGGGCCUGGAUAUUCAUGCUAUGGAGUGUUGCUAAUAUCUCCAUCGCAGUGUCACCUGUAGAAAUUCCAGAUUCCUCUUGCUCAGGCCCCCAAGGGACAGAAUUUAUCACAGUCUUCAUGCAGAAUCACUUACCAAGUUAUGGCGGUAAAGACUUCAGGUUGUUCAUCACUGGCUACACCCCUGGGACUUUCGUCACCGUUUCCGUGAACAAAGCAGGUGUUAGAUUCAAUGUCAGGGCAAAUCUGGGAGAGACAACAUGGAUACAAAUCCCAGAAUUCGUGGAGCUGGCAGGAAGCAACAUAUUUGACCACACGGUCAUUGUCCAGGCUGACCAUGAGAUCGCCAUCCUUGCUCUGAACUAUAAGACCUAUACUGCCGAUACCACUGUAGUGUACCCUGUGGGGAAGCUCGGGACAGAGUACUAUGUGGUGACUCCAGUGGGGAAGCGAGAUGGUCUUGAUAAGCAAUUUGCUGUAGUAGCCUGGAAGGAUCCCACCAUUGUUGAAGUUUACCUCAAAGGGGCUGUAACUUUCCAAGGAGAAACCUACAGAGCAGGAACAAAACUGACCAUCUCACUUGAAGCUUACCAGGCCGUCCAGCUGCAAAGCCAUGAUGACUUAUCUGGCACCAGGAUCGUGUCCCAGAAUCCCGUUGCCGUCUAUAGUGGACACGUAUGUGUUGCAAAGCACACCAAAUGUGACUAUGUGAGUGAGCAGCUCCUGCCAGUAUCUGUCUGGGGCACUUCGUUCAUUGUACCGCCCUUAUCCUUCCAGCCCAAUUUUGACCUGGUGUAUGUGGCUGCUUCCCAACACACUCGCAUUGAUUAUCAGUCUGGGAGGGAGAAAUCCAGAAGGAACCUGGUUGCUGGGCAGGUUGUGACAUUUGAAAUUAAAAUCUCUAACCCUUUGUACAUCUCUGCUAGUGCUGGGAUCCAAGUCGCCUUCUUCUGCACUGGUGGGAGCAAAGGGAAAAUCGUGUACGAUCCCUUCUUCCUGAUGAUCCCAGAUGUCUCUGGCUACUGCCAGACCUAUAACAUCCAUGGACAGGAUCUGUUUGAGAACUAUGCUAUGAUUGUAGCCAAGACGGCCGAGACUGCUGAUGUUACUAUUGAUGCGGAACCACUACAGUUUACUGUGUGGAGGCCUAUUCCAGGCACAGCAUAUUCUUGGAUUACAUACAACUUGGGAAGUGGGUUUAGCAACCACACCAUAGAGAACCCCAACUCCCCAUUUGGUGUCCUGAGUGUUGGGAUUAAAGACAAGGCUGGGUACGGCUCCACAGCUAUUGGUGGCAUUUCUGGUGCUGCCUCUACUGUUCAACCUCCAUAUCUUCCCAGUACCUCUUGCUCAGGCCCCCAAGGGACAGAAUUUAUUACAGUCUUCAUGCAGAAUCACUUAUCAAGUUAUGGCAGUAAAGACUUCAAGUUGUUCAUCACUGGCUACAUCCCUGGGACAUUUGUCACCAUCUCAGUAAAUAAAGCAGAUUUUUUGACUACUAUCACUGCAAAUCCCGAACAGACAGUAUCUGUGAUGAUCCCAGCAUUUGUGGAGCUGGCUGGAAGCAACACAUUUGACCACACAGUCAUUGUCCAGGCUGACCAUGAGAUCUCCAUCCUUGCUCUGAACUAUAAGCGCUAUACAGCUGAUACCACUGUAGUGUACCCUGUGGAGAAGCUCGGGACAGAGUACUAUGUGGUGACUCCACUGGGGAAUCCAGAUGGUCUUGAUAAACAAUUUGCUGUAGUAGCCUGGAAGGAUCCCACCAUUGUUGAAGUUUACCUCAAAGGGGCUGUCACUUUUCAAAGAAAAUCCUACCGCGCAGGGAAAAAACUGGUCAUCCCACUUGAAGCUUACCAGGCCGUCCAGCUGCAAAGCCGUGAUGACUUAUCCGGCACCAGAAUCGUGUCCCAGAAUCCCGUUGCCGUCUAUAGUGGACACGUAUGUGUUGCAAAGCACACCAAAUGUGACUAUGUGAGUGAGCAGCUCCUGCCGGUGUCUGGCUGGGGCACCACAUUCAUCGUACCUCCUUUAUCCUUCCAGCCCAAAUUUGACCUGGUGUAUGUGGCUGCUUCCCAAUACACUCACAUUGAUUAUCAGUCUGGGAGGGCGAGAGCCACUAGGGACCUGGUUGCUGGACAGGUUGUGACAUUUGAAAUCAAAUUCCCUAAUCCCUUGUACAUCUCUGCUAGUGCUGGGAUCCAAGUCGUCUUCUUCUGCACUGGUGGAAGCAAAGGGAAAAUCGUGUAUGAUCCCUUUCUCCUGAUGAUCCCAGAUGUCUCUGGCUAUUGCCAGACCUAUAACAUCCAUGGACAGGACCAGUAUGAGAACUACGCAAUAAUAACAGCCGAAGCAUCAGAAUCUGGUGGCAUCACCAUUGAUAAGGAACCCUUGGGAAACAUUGCAUGGAGGCCAAUUCCAGGCACAGGGUUCUCUUGGGCUGAAUACAACCUUGGCACAGGGUUUAAGAGAGAAACCAUGGAGCACCCCACAUCUCCUUUUGGGCUUCUGAGCAUUGGGAUUGCAUCCAAAUCUGGGUAUGGCUCAGCAGCUAUUGGUGCAAGCAAUAUUCCGACGUCAUCCUGCAGUGUGGUCCUCUGCAAGGAAGGAACAGUUUGUAAGAUGAUAGAUGGGAAGCCAGAGUGUUUGCCAGUUUCUGCGGCCACGUGUUGGGCUGGGGGUUACUUGCAUUACCACACCUUCGAUGGCCGACUGUAUGACAUCCAUGGCACCUGCACCUACACCGUGGCCAAGACCUGCGGGUGUGACUGUGACCCACACUCCUUUGACAUCAUGGCUGAGAGUGGGAAAAGGGGGAACACGCAGGUCUCAUACAUUGGGUCGCUGACCAUACAGGUGGAUGGCAUUACCAUCACAGUGGCCAGGGCAGAGGUCGGCUUUGUAAGGGUGAAUAACACCAGAGCCCACUUACCCAUCUCCCUGAAUAACGGGGCCCUUCGGCUCUAUCAGAGCGGCACUUCCCUCGUCCUCCGCACCGACUUCAACCUCAGAGUGUCCUAUGACUGGAACAACCACCUGAGGGUCACCGUCCCUAAUGACUUCUCUGAGAGCCUGUGCGGCCUGUGCGGCAACUAUAAUGGGGACCCUUCCGAUGACUUCUGGACCCCAGCCGAGGAUCAGGAUCCCAGUGACAUUCUCCAGGAGCAAAGCUGGGAAGUGGAAGAUGAGGAUCAGUUUUGCUGGCACGAUUGCAUUGGAGGCUGCAGGCCCUGUGCCCCCAGCAUAGCCAGAAAGUACAAGGAGGAGGCCUCGUGCGGCCUGAUAACCAAGGUCUCAGAUGGGCCCUUCAGCCAGUGCCACAGCAAGGUGGAUCCUACUGUCUACUUGGACAACUGUGUGUACGAUCUGUGCCACAACGACGGCUACAGGAAAGCCCUGUGUGAGGCCCUGAAGGCCUACGCGGAUGCCUGCCAGCUGGAGGGGGUCAGGAUUGGGGAAUGGAGGCAGCUGGCCAGAUGUCCCAUGGAGUGCCCCCUGGAGAACAGCCAGUACCAGCUCUGUGGAACAGCCUGCCCAGCCACAUGUGUGGACCAGUCAGCCCCCAGCAGCUGCCAAGACCCCUGCGUGGAAACCUGCCAGUGCAAGGAUGGUUUUGUGCUGAGCCAGGGCAAAUGCGUCCCCAAGGGCAGCUGUGGGUGCCUAUUCGAGGGGCGCCCCUUUGCCCCCAACGAGAGCUUCUGGAUCGACGAGGCAUGUGGGACAUGGUGCAUGUGCAACGCAGCUACUAGACAAGUCAAAUGCGUGGCUGCUAAAUGCAAACGUUCAGAGAGGUGUGGGCUAGUGAAUGGCAUAAGGGGCUGUUACCCCUCCAGCUACGCCACCUGCUCUGUGACAAGGAAUCUGCACUAUGCCACCUUUGAUGGACAGAGAUACAACUUCCAAGGCACCUGCCACUACCAACUAACUGCCCUGUGCAAGAAGGCAGAGGGACUGGUGGACUUUGAAGUCUAUUUCCAGGAGAAUAGCACUGCUCCUGUACAGAUCAAGGUUUAUGAGACUGACAUCAGGAUCAGUAAUCAAUUCCCUGGCAAAAUCAUGGUGAACAGUUUCCUGAUUAAUCUUCCCUUCAACCUCGAUAAGAAAAUCACUGUGUAUAGAAAGGGCUGGGCCACAGUGAUCCAGACAGACUUUGGUCUCACAGUUACCUAUGCCAGGUGGUCAGGACGCAGCACGGUGACUCUGCCAGUUGCCUAUGUGGGAGCCGUGUGUGGUCUGUGUGGCAAUUUUAACAUGGACAGGAAGGAUGACAUGCUUAUGAGGGAUGGCAUGCUGGCACCAAACCCCAUCAGCUUUGGCCAGAGCUGGAAGGUGGGAGACCUCCCAGGAUGCUCUUCAGUAAUGAUACCACCUUGCGCAACACUAGAAGCUAUUGAAAAAGAACAACGAGGUAGCAGGGAGCAGUGUGGGAUCAUCCUAUACAAGAAUGGCCCUUUCAGAGAAUGUCACAGCAAAGUGGACCCCAAUGGAUACUUCCUAGACUGCGUGUACGGCUAUUGCUUCCUCAGUGGGCGGGAGAGUAAUGUCUGCCAUGCUGUUGCUGGCUAUGCCGAGGCAUGUCAGGAAGCUGGAGCUAUAGUGUAUCCCUGGAGGACUAAGAAAUUCUGCUAUCUGUCCUGUCCCCUGAACAGUCACUAUGAAUUAUGCAGCAGCAGCUGCGAUCUGACAUGCAGCAACCUCUAUGCCCCGGUGCAAUGCACGACCCAGUGUAAGGAAGGCUGCAUGUGUGAUGAAGGCUUUGUUCUCAGUGGUGACCUCUGCGUCCCCAUUUCCCAGUGCGGAUGCCUCCACAGAGGACUUUACUACCAGGCUGGGGAGACCUUCCACCCGAGCGGUUCAUGCGAGGAGCAGUGCAUGUGUCAGGCUGGUGGGGAGGUCGUGUGUAAGGCUUUCUCCUGCGGUGCUGGUGAGCAAUGCAGGUUGGUGGACGGUGUCCAGAAAUGUCACCCAUUUGGAUCUGCGACCUGUUCUGCCUCUGGCCAUCCCCACUACCUCUCUUUCGACGGGGUCUCCUUUGACUUCCAAGGCACCUGCACCUACAUCCUGGCCAAGACCUGCACCGAUGCCAGUGACCUUAUACCAUUCACUAUCAGCAUAGAGAAAGAAGAUUGGGGCACCAGGAACGUGUCCGUGGCCAAGCUCGUGUCCAUUCAGGUGUAUGGGAUCACACUCACCCUGCUGCAGAACAAACAGGGGCUCAUCAUGGUGGAUGGGGUGUUCCACAACCUCCCGGUGAUCAUGGCCAACAGGCGGCUCCAAGCAUAUCAGCAUAGUACUAACAUCCUGGUGCAAACUGACUUUGGCCUCAUUGUGAGUUACGACCUGGUUUACCAGGCCAGAGUCACCGUUCCACAGCGAUACCAGGGCCACACGUGUGGCCUGUGCGGGAACUACAGUGGAUGGCAGGACAGCAAGCUCCUACUCCCCAAUGGCAGGACAGCCUCUGAUGUGGCAGCAUUUGGCUUUGCUUGGGAAGUCCAGGUCCCAGGAGCAUCAUGUGUAGACAGAUGCGCUGGGAACAGCUGUCCAGUUUGUGAGGAGAGGAAGAAGGACGUCUUCAAACAGCACCACUACUGCGGGUUGCUCACAGCCCCUGACAGCCCCUUCACUACCUGCCACGGCACGGUCAGUCCCAGUGUGUAUUUCAACAACUGCCUGUAUGAUCUGUGCCUCAGCAAUGGAGAUGCACAGGCUCUGUGCCAGAGCAUGCACAGCUACGUGACAGCCUGCCAAGAGGCCAAGGUCACCAUCCCGCCCUGGAGGAGCGCCUCCUUCUGCCCUGUGACCUGCCCUGCCAACAGCCACUAUGAGGUCUGUGCUGACCUGUGCACUGUCACCUGUGCUAGAAACAUCAUAGAUUGCCCGGAGACCUGUGCCGAAGGCUGCCAAUGUGACGAGGGCUUCUUCUUCGAUGGCCAGGGCUGUGUGACUCAGGAGGGCUGUGGAUGCUUCGAACAGGGGAGAUACUUCAAGCCUAGUGAGAUGGUCCUGAUGAAUGAGUGCCAGCAAAGCUGCACAUGUGUUCCCACCCGAAGGGUGACCUGCGAAGUCCACAGCUGCUCUAGAGGAGAAACCUGCCAGAUCAGAGACGGUGUCAUGGGCUGCAUCAGCCAAGUUAUUCCAUCCUGCAGUGUGGUUCGCUGCAGAGAAGGAACUAUUUGUAAGAUGAUAAAUGGGCGGCCAGAGUGUGUGCCAGUCUCUCAGGCCACGUGCUGGGCUGGGGGUUACUUGCAUUACCACACCUUCGAUGGACGGGUGUAUGAUUUCCACGGCACCUGCGACUACACGGUGGCCAAGACCUGCAGGGAUGACUCCGUCCUGCCCUUCUUCCGUGUCACGGCCGAGAGCGAGAACAGGGGGAACACACAGGUCUUCUACAUUUGGUCGGUGACUGUCCAGGUCGAUGGAGUGACCAUUACAGCAGCCAGGGCUGAGGUCGGCUUUGUGUGGGUGAAUAACACCAGGGCCCACUUACCCAUCUCCCUGAACAACGGGACCCUUCGGCUCUAUCAGAGCGGCACCUCCCUCGUCCUCCGCACCGACUUCAACCUCAGGGUGUACUAUGACUGGAACAACCAGCUGAGGGUCACCGUUCCUAAUAACUUCUCUGACAGCCUAUGCGGCCUGUGUGGCAACUAUAAUGGGGACCCCGCCGAUGACUUCCGGACCCCGGACGGGGACCAGGCUCCCAGUGUCGCUGCCCUGGGGAAAAGCUGGGCAGUGGAAGAUGAGGAUCAGUUUUGCUGGCACGAUUGCAUUGGAGGUUGCAGGCCCUGUGCCGCCAGCAUAGCCAGAAAGUACAAGGAGGAGGUCUCGUGCGGCCUGAUAGCCAAGGUCUCAGAUGGGCCCUUCAGCCAGUGCCACAGCAAGGUGGAUCCUACAGUCUACUUGAACAACUGCGUGUACGAUCUGUGCCACAACGACGGCUACAGGAAGGCCCUGUGUGAGGCCCUGAAGGCCUAUGCGGAUGCCUGCCAGCUGGAAGGGGUCAGGAUUGGGGAAUGGAGGCAGCUGGCCAGAUGCCCCAUGGAGUGCCCCCUGGAGAACAGCCAGUACCAGCUCUGUGGAACAGCCUGCCCAGCCACGUGUGUGGACCAGUCAGCCCCCAGCAGCUGCCAAGACCCCUGCGUGGAAAGCUGCCAGUGCAAGGAUGGUUUUGUGCUGAGCCAGGGAAAAUGCAUCCCCAAGAGCAGCUGUGGGUGCCUGUUCGAGGGGCGCCCCUAUGCCCCCAAUGAGAGUUUCUGGGUUGAUGAGGCAUGUGGGACACGGUGCAUGUGCAACGCAGCCACUAGACAAGUCAAAUGCAUGGCUGCUACGUGCAAACGUUCAGAGAGAUGCGGGCUAGUGAAUGGCAUACGGGGCUGUUACCCCUCCAGCUACGCCACCUGCUCUGUGACAAGGAAUCUGCACUAUUCCACCUUUGAUGGACAGAGAUACGACUUCCAAGGCACCUGCCGCUACCAGCUAACUACCUUGUGCAAGAAGACGGUGGGACUGGUGGACUUUGAUGUCUAUUUCCAGGAAAGCAAUACUCGUCCUGUGCAGAUCAAGGUCUAUGAGACUGACAUCAGGGUCAGCAAUCAAUUCCCUGGGAAAAUCAUGGUGAACAGUAUCCUGAUUACCCUUCCCUUCAACCUCGUUGAUAAGAAAAUCACUGUGUAUAGAAAGGGCUGGGCCACAGUGAUCCAGGCAGACUUUGGUCUCACCGUUACCUAUGCCGGGUGGUCAGGACGCACCACGAUCACUCUGCCAGUGACCUACGCGGGAGCCGUGUGUGGUCUGUGUGGCAAUUUUAACAGUGACAGGGAGGAUGACAUGCUGAUGAGGGAUGGCACGGUGGCACCAAGCCCCGUCAGCUUUGGCCAGAGCUGGAAGGUGGGCGACCUCCCGGGAUGCUCUGCAGUAACGAUACCACCAUGCGCAAGUGUAGAGGCUAUUGAAAAACAACAACGAGGUAGCAGAGGGCAGUGUGGGCUCAUCUUAUACAAGAGUGGCCCUUUCAGAGGAUGUCACAGCAAAGUGGACCCUCAUGGAUACUUCAUAGACUGUGUGUACAGCUACUGCGUCCUCAGUGCGCGUGAAAAUAAUGUCUGCCAGGCGGUUGCGGGCUAUUCCGAGGCAUGUCAGGAAGCUGGAGCUAUGGUGCGUCCCUGGAGGACUACGACAUUCUGCUCUCCGUCCUGUCCCCUGAACAGUCACUACGAAUUCUGUAGCAGCAGCUGCGCUGUGACAUGCAGCAACCUCUAUGCCCCGGUGCAAUGCAUGACCCAGUGUAAGGAAGGCUGCGUGUGUGAUGAGGGAUUUGUUUUCAGUGGCGACCGCUGUGUCCCCAUUUCCCAGUGCGGAUGCCUCCACAGGGGACUUUACUACGAGGCCGGGGAGACCUUCCACCCGAGCGGUUCAUGCGAGGAGCAGUGCAUGUGUCAGGCUGGUGGGGAGGUUGUGUGUAAGGCAUUCUCCUGCGGCACUGGUGAGGAAUGCGGGGUAGUGGACGGUGUCCAGAAAUGCCACCCAUUUGGAUCUGCGACCUGUUCUGCCUCUGGCCAUCCCCACUACCUCUCUUUCGAUGGGGUCUCCUUUGACUUCCAAGGCACCUGCACCUACAUCUUGGCCAAGACCUGCACCGAUGCCAGUGAUCUUACACCAUUCACUAUCAGCGUAGAGAAAGAAGAUUGGGGCACCAGGAACAUGUCCGUGGCCAAGCUGGUGUCCAUUCAGGUGUAUGGGAUCACACUCACCCUGCUGCAAAACAAACAGGGGCUCAUCAUGGUGAACGGAGUGUCCCACAACCUCCCAGUGAUUGUGGCUGAUGGGCAACUUAGAGCGUAUCAACAUGGCACAAACAUUCUGGUGCAAACCAUCUUCGGCCUCACUCUGAGCUACGACCUGGUUUACCAGGCCAGGGUCACCAUCCCAGGAAGCUACGAGGGCCAGACGUGCGGCCUGUGCGGGAACUACGAUGGACAGCAGGACGAGGAGUUCCUGCUCCCCAGUGGCAGGACAGCCCCUGAUGCAGCAGCAUUUGGCUCUGCUUGGGAAGUCCAGAUCCCAGGAGCAUCCUGUACAGACAGAUGUGCUGGAAACAGCUGUCCAGUUUGUGAGGAGAGGAAGAAGAACGUCUUCAAAGGGCGCAACUACUGUGGGCUGCUUACAGACCCCGACGGCCCCUUCAUGGCCUGCCACGGCCUGGUUAGCCCCAGUGUGUAUCAGAGCAACUGCCUGUAUGAUCUGUGCCUGGGCAACGGGGAUGCACAGGUUCUGUGCCAGAGCAUCCACAGCUAUGUGACAGCCUGCCAAGAGGCCGGGGCUCCCAUCCGGCCCUGGAGGAACACCUCCUUCUGUGCUGUGAGCUGCCCAGCGAACAGCCACUAUGAGGUCUGCGCCGACCUCUGCACCUCCACCUGCACUGGAGAUAUCAUGGACUGCCCGGAGACCUGUGCUGAAGGCUGCGAGUGUGACGAUGGCUUCUUCUUCGACGGCCAGGGCUGUGUGACUCUGCAGAGCUGUGGGUGCUUCGAGCACAGGAGAUAUUACAAGCCCAAUGAGACAGUCCUGACGAACGAGUGCCAGCAAAGCUGCACCUGUGUUCCUGCUCGAGGGGUGACUUGUAAAGCCCACGGCUGCUCCCGAGAAGAAAUCUGCCAGAUUAGAGAUGGCGUCAGGGCCUGCAUCAGCAAAGUUAUUCCAUCCUGCAGUGUUGUCCACUGCAGAGAAGGAACUAUUUGCAAGAUGAUAAGUGGGCAGCCAGAGUGUGUGCCAGUCUCUCAGGCCACGUGCUGGGCUGGGGGUUACUUGCAUUACCACACCUUCGAUGGACGGGCGUAUGAUUUCCACGGCACCUGCAACUACACGGUGGCCAAGACCUGCAGGGAUGACUCCGUCCUGCCCUCCUUCCAUGUCACGGACAAUAUCGAGAACAGGGGGAACACACAGGUCUUCUACAUUGGGUCGGUAACUGUCCAGGUGGAUGGAGUCACCAUCACAGCAGCCAGGGCUGAGGUUGGCUUUGUGGGGGUGAAUAACACCAGGGCCCACUUACCCAUCUCCCUGAACAACGGGGCCCUUCGGCUCUAUCAGAGCGGCACCUCCCUCGUCCUCCGCACCGACUUCAACCUCAGAGUGUCCUAUGACUGGAACAACCACCUGAGGGUCACCGUCCCCAGGGUCUUCUCCGACAGCCUGUGCGGCCUGUGCGGCAACUAUAACGGGGACCUCUCCGAUGACUUCCGGACCCCGGACGGGGAUCUGGCUCCCAGUGUCGCCGCCCUGGGGAAAAGCUGGGCAGUGGAAGAUGAGGAUCAGUUUUGCUGGCACGAUUGCAUUGGAGGCUGCAGGCCCUGUGCCCCCAGCAUAGCCAGAAAGUACAAGGAGGAGGCCUUGUGUGGCCUCAUAACCAAGGUCUCAGAUGGGCCCUUCAGCCAGUGCCACAGCAAGGUGGAUCCUACAGUCUACUUGGACAACUGCGUGUACGAUCUGUGCCACAACGACGGUUACAGGAAGGCCCUGUGUGAGGCCCUGAAGGCCUACGCGGACGCCUGCCAGCUGGAGGGGGUCAGGAUUGGGGAAUGGAGGCAGCUGGCCAGAUGCCCCAUGGAGUGCCCCCUGGAGAACAGCCAGUACCAGCUCUGUGGAACAGCCUGCCCAGCCACAUGUGUGGACCAGUCAGCCCCCAACAGCUGUGAAGACCCCUGCGUAGAAAGCUGCCAGUGCAAGGAUGGUUUUGUGCUGAGCCAGGGCAAAUGCAUCCCCAAGAGCAGCUGUGGGUGCCAGUUUGAGGGGCGCCCCUAUGCCCCCAACGAGAGCUUCUGGGUCGAUGAGGCAUGUGGGACACAGUGCAUGUGCAACGCAGCCACUAGACAAGUUGAAUGCGUGGCUGCUACGUGCAAACACUCGGAGAGGUGCGGGCUAGUGAAUGGCGUACGGGGCUGUUACCCCUCCAGCUAUGCCACCUGCUCUGUGACAAGGAAUCUGCACUAUGCCACCUUUGAUGGACAGAGAUAUGACUUCCAAGGCACCUGCCGCUACCAGCUCACGGGUCUUUGCAAGAAGGUGGAGGGACUGGUGGACUUUGAAGUCAACUUCCAGGAAAACAAUACCGCUCCUGUACAGAUCAAGGUAUAUCAGACCAACCUCAGGAUCAGCAAGCAAUUCCCUGGGAAAGUCCUGGUGAACAGUUUCCUGAUGAAUCUUCCCUUCAACCUCAUUGAUAAGAAAAUCUCUGUGUAUAGAAAGGGCUGGGCCACAGUGAUCCAGGCAGACUUUGGCCUCACCGUUACCUAUGCUGGGUGGUCAGGACGCACCACGGUCACUCUGCCAGUCACCUACAUGGGAGCUGUGUGUGGUCUGUGUGGCAGCUUCAACAGUGAUAGGGAGGACGACAUGCUGAUGAGGGAUGGCACGCUGGCACCAAGCCCCACCAGCUUUGGCCAGAGUUGGAAGGUGGGCGACCUCCCGGGAUGCUCUGCAGUAACGAUACCACCCUGUGCAAGUGUAGAGGCUAUUGAAAAACAACAACGAGGUAGCAGAGGGCAGUGUGGGAUCAUCCUCCACAAGAGUGGCCCCUUCAGAGGAUGUCACAGCAAAGUGGACCCCCAUGGGUACUUCGUAGACUGCGUGUACAGCUAUUGCUUCCUCAGUGGGCGGGAGAGUAACGUCUGCCAGGCCAUUGCUGGCUAUGCUGAGGCAUGUCAGGAAGCUGGAGCUAUGGUGCAUCCCUGGAGGACUACAAAAUUCUGCUCUCCGUCCUGUCCCCUCAACAGUCACUAUGAAUUCUGCAGCAGCAGCUGCGAUCUGACAUGCAGCAACCUCUAUGCCCCGGUGCAAUGCACGACCCAGUGUAAGGAAGGCUGCAUGUGUAAUGAGGGUUUUGUUCUCAGUGGCGACCACUGCGUCCCCAUUUCCCAGUGCGGAUGCCUCCACAGAGGACUUUACUACCAGCCCUGGGAGACCUUCCACCCAAGCGGUUCAUGCAAGGAGCAGUGUGUGUGUCAGGCUGGUGGAGAGGUUGUGUGUAAGGCUUUCUCCUGCGGCGCUGGUGAGCAAUGCGGGGUGGUGGACAGCAUCCAGAAAUGCCACCCAUUUGGAUCUGCGACCUGUUCUGCCUCUGGCCAUCCCCACUACCUCUCUUUCGAUGGGGUCUCCUUUGACUUCCAAGGCACCUGCACCUACAUCCUGGCCAAGACCUGCACUGAUGCCAGCCACCUUACACCAUUCACUAUCAGCAUAGAGAAACAAUCCUGGGGCAGCGGGAACAUCUCCAUGGCCAAGCUGGUGUCCAUUCAGGUGUAUGGGAUCACACUCACCCUGCUGCAGAACAAACAGGGGCUCAUCAUGGUGGACGGGGUAUCCCACAAUCUCCCCGUGAUAAUGGUCAAUGGGCAGCUCCGAGCAUAUCAGCAUGGCACUAAUGUCCUGGUGCAAACUGACUUUGGCCUCACUGUGAGCUACGACCUGGUUUACCAGGCCAGAGUCACCAUCCCAGGGAGCUAUCAUGGCCAGACGUGUGGCCUGUGUGGGAACUACAACGGACAGCAGGACGAGGAGUUCCUGCUCCCCAGUGGCAGGACAGCCCCUGAUGCGGCAGCAUUUGGCUCUGCUUGGGAAGUCCAGAUCCCAGGAGCAUCCUGUACAGACAGAUGUGCUGGAAACAGCUGUCCAGUUUGCGAAGAGAAGAAGAAGGAGGUCUUCAAAGGACGCAACUACUGUGGGCUGCUCACAGACCCCGACGGUCCCUUUGCGGCCUGCCACGGGAUGGUCAGCCCCAGUGUGUAUCAGAGCAACUGCCUGUAUGAUCUGUGCCUGGGCAACGGGGACGCACAGGUUCUGUGCCAGAGCAUACACAGCUACGUGACGGCCUGCCAAGAGGCUAAGGUCUUCAUCCAGCCCUGGAGGAGCACCUCCUUCUGCUCUGUGAGCUGCCCGGUCAACAGCCACUACGAGCUCUGCGCUGACCUCUGUACCACCACCUGCUCUAGAGACAUCAUGGACUGCCCAGAGACCUGUGCUGAAGGCUGCCAGUGUGACCGGGGCUUCUUCUUUGAUGGCCAGGGCUGUGUGACUCUGGAGAACUGCGGGUGCUUCAAACAGGGGAGAUACUACAAGCCCAGUGAGAUGGUCCUGAUGAACGAGUGCCAGCAAAGCUGCACCUGCGUUCCUGCCCGAGGGGUGACUUGCAAAGCCCACAGCUGCACCAGUGGAGCAACCUGCCAGAUCAGAGAUGGCGUCAUGGACUGCGUCGGCCAAGUUAUUCCAAAGCCAUCCUGCAGUGUGGUCCGCUGCAGGGAAGGAACUAUUUGUAAGAUGAUAAAUGAGCAGCCAAAGUGUGUGCCAGUCUCUCGGGGCACGUGCUGGGCUGGGGGAUACUUUCAUUACCACACCUUCGAUGGAUGGGUGUAUGAUUUCCAUGGCAACUGCACCUACACCGUGGCCAAGACCUGCAGGAAUGCCUCCGGCCUGCCCUCCUUCCAUGUCAUGGCCAAGAGCGAGAACAGUGGGAACACACAGGUCUUCUACAGUGGGUCGGUGACUGUCCAGGUGGAUGGAGUCACUGUCACAGCAGCCAGGGCUGAAGCCGGCUUUGUGUGGGUGAAUAACAUCAGGGCCCACUUACCCAUCUCCCUGAACAACGGGGCCCUUCGGCUCUAUCAGAGCGGCACCUCCCUCGUCCUCCGCACCGACUUCAACCUCAGAGUGUCCUAUGACUGGAACAACCACCUGAGGGUCUCCGUCCCUAAUGACUUCUCUGAGAGCCUGUGCGGCCUGUGCGGCAACUAUAAUGGGGACCCCUCCGAUGACUUCCGGACCCCGGACGGGGAUCUGGCUCCCAGUAUCACCGCCCUGGGGAAAAGCUGGGCAGUGGAAGAUGAGGAUCAGUUUUGCUGGCACGAUUGCAUUGGAGGCUGCAGGCCCUGUGCCCCCAGCAUAGCCAGAAAGUACAAGGAGGAGGCGUCGUGCGGCUUGAUAGCCAAGGUCUCAGAUGGGCCCUUCAGCCAGUGCCACAGCAAGGUGGAUCCUACAGUCUACUUGGACAACUGCGUGUACGAUCUGUGCCACAAUGAUGGCUACCGGAAGGCCCUGUGUGAGGCCCUGAAGGCCUAUGCUGAUGCCUGCCAGCUGGAGGGGGUCAGGAUUGGGGAAUGGAGGCAGCUGGCCAGAUGCCCCAUGGAGUGCCCCCUGGAGAACAGCCAGUACCAGCUCUGUGGAACAGCCUGCCCAGCCACAUGUGUGGACCAGUCAGCCCCCAGCAGCUGCCAAGACCCCUGUGUGGAAAGCUGCCAGUGCAAGGAUGGUUUUGUGCUGAGCCAGGGCAAAUGCAUACCCAAGAGCAGCUGUGGGUGCCAGUUUGAAGGGCGUCCCUAUGCCCCCAACGAGAGCUUCUGGGUCAAUGAGGCAUGUGGGACAUGGUGCAUGUGCAACGCAGCCACUAGACAAGUUGAAUGCGUGGCUGCUACGUGCAAACACUCGGAGAGGUGCGGGCUAGUGAAUGGCGUACGGGGUUGUUACCCCUCCAGCUACGCCACCUGCUCUGUGACAAGGAAUAUGCACUACGCCACAUUUGAUGGACAGAGAUACGACUUCCAAGGCACCUGCCACUACCAGCUCACGGCCCUGUGCAAGAAGGCAGAGGGACUGGUGGACUUUGAGGUCUACUUCCAGGAGAACAAUACCGCUCCUCUACAGAUCAAGAUUUAUCAGACCAGCCUCAGGAUCAGCAAUCAAUUCCCUGGGAAAGUCCUGAUGAAUGGUUUCCUGAUUACCCUUCCCUUCAACCUCAAUGAUAAGAAAAUCACUGUGUAUAGAAAGGGCUGGGCCACAGUGAUCCAGGCAGACUUUGGCCUCACCGUUACCUAUGCUGGGUGGUCAGGACGCAUCACGGUCACUCUGCCAGUGACCUACGCAGGAGCCGUGUGUGGUCUGUGUGGCAACUUCAACAAGGACAGGGAGGAUGACUUGCUCAUGAGGGAUGGCACGCUGGCACCAAGCCCAGUCAGCUUUGGCCAGAGCUGGAAGGUGGGCGACCUCCUGGGAUGCUCUGCAGUAACGAUACCACCAUGCGCGAGUAUAGAGGCUAUUGAAAAGGAACAACGAGGUAGCAGGGGGCAGUGUGGGAUCAUCCUAGACAAGAAUGGCCCCUUCAGAGGAUGUCACAGCAAAGUGGACCCCCAUGGGUACUUCAUAGACUGCGUGUACAGCUAUUGUGUCCUCAGUGAGCGGGAGAGUAACGUCUGUCAGGCCAUUGCUGGCUAUGCUGAGGCAUGUCAGGAAGCUGGAGCUAUGGUGCAUCCCUGGAGGACUACGAAAUUCUGCUCUCCGUCCUGUCCCCCGAACAGUCACUAUGAAUUCUGCAGCAGCAGCUGCGAUCUGACAUGCAGCAACCUCUAUGCCCCGGUGCAAUGCACGACCCAGUGUAAGGAAGGCUGCGUGUGUGACGAGGGCUUUGUUCUCAGUGGCGACCACUGCGUCCCCAUUUCCCAGUGCGGAUGCCUCCACAGAGGACUUUACUACCAGGAUGAGGAAACCUUCCACCCUAGCGGUUCAUGCGAGGAGCAGUGCGUGUGUCAGGCUGGUGGGGAGGUUGUGUGUAAGGCAUUCUCCUGCAGCACUGGUGAGGAAUGCGGGGUGGUGGACGGUGUCCAGAAAUGUCACCCAUUUGGAUCUGCGACUUGUUCUGCCACUGGCCAUCCCCACUACCUCUCUUUCGACGGGAUCGCCUUUGACUUCCAAGGCAGCUGCACGUACAUCCUGGCCAAGACCUGCACCGAUGCCAGUCACCUAACACCAUUCACUAUCAGCGUAGAGAAAGAAGAUUGGGGCUCCAGGAACAUGUCCGUGGCCAAGCUGGUAUCCAUUAAGGUGUAUGGGAUCACACUCACCCUGCUGCAAAACAAACAGGGGCUCAUCAUGGUGAACGGAGUGUCCCACAACCUCCCAGUGAUUGUGGCUGAUGGACGACUUAGAGUGUAUCAACAUGGCACAAACAUUCUGGUGCAAACCAACUUUGGCCUCACUGUGAGCUACGACCUGGUUUACCAGGCCAGGGUCACCAUCCCAGAGAGCUACGAGGGCCAGACGUGCGGUCUGUGCGGGAACUACAACGGACAGGAAGAUGAGGAGUUUCUGCUCCCUGAUGGCAGGACAGCCCCUGAUGCAGCAGCAUUUGGCUCUGCUUGGGAAGUCCAGAUCCCAGGAGCAUCCUGUACAGACAGAUGUGCUGGAAACAGCUGUCCAGUUUGCGAAGAGAAGAAGGAGGUCUUCAAAGGGCGCAACUACUGUGGGCUGCUCACAGAUCCUGAUGGCCCCUUCACGGCCUGCCACGGCACGGUCAGCCCCAUCGUAUAUCAGAGCAACUGCCUGUAUGAUCUGUGCCUGGGCAACGGGGAUGCACAGAUUCUGUGCCAGAGCAUUCACAGCUACGUGACGGCCUGCCAAGAGGCUGGGGUCCCCAUCCUGCCCUGGAGGAACACCUCCUUCUGCUCUGUGAGCUGCCCAGUCAACAGCCACUAUGAGGUCUGCGCUGACCUCUGUACCACCACCUGCUCUGGAGAAAUCAUGGACUGCCCAGAGACCUGUGCUGAGGGCUGCCAGUGUGACGAUGGCUUCUUCUUCGAUGGCCAGGGCUGUGUGACUCCAGAAAGCUGUGGGUGCUUCGAACGUGGGAGAUAUUACAAGCCCAAUGAGACGGUCCUGACGAACGAGUGCCAGCAAAGCUGCACCUGCGUUCCUGCUCGAGGGGUGACUUGUAAAGCCCACGACUGCUCCCAAGAAGAAAUCUGCCAGAUUAGAGAUGGCGUCAGAGCCUGCAUCAGCAAAGUUAUUCCAUCCUGCAGUGUGGUUCGCUGCAGAGAAGGAACUAUUUGCAAGAUGAUAAAUGGGCAGCCAGAAUGUGUGCAAGUCUCUCAGGCCACAUGCUGGGCUGGGGGUUACUUGCAUUAUCACACCUUCGAUGGACGGGCGUAUCAUUUCCAUGGCACCUGCAACUACACGUUGGCCAAGACCUGCAGGGAUGACUCCGUCCUGCCUUCCUUCCAUGUCACGGCCAAGAGCGAGAACAGGGGGAACACACAGGUCUUCUACAUUGGGUCGGUAACUGUCCAGGUGGAUGGAGUCACCAUCACAGCAGCCAGGGCUGAGGUCGGCUUUGUGGGGGUGAAUAACACCAGGGCCCACUUACCCAUCUCCCUGAACAACGGGGCCCUUCGGCUCUAUCAGAGCGGCACCUCCCUCGUCCUCCGCACCGACUUCAACCUCAGCAUGUCCUAUGACUGGAACAACCACCUGAGGAUCACCGUCCCCAGGGUCUUCUCCGACAGCCUGUGCGGCCUGUGCGGCAACUAUAAUGGGGACCUCUCUGAUGACUUCCGGACCCCGGACGGGGACCUGGCUCCCAGUGUCACCGCCCUGGGGAAAAGCUGGGCAGUGGAAGAUGAGGAUCAGUUUUGCUGGCACGAUUGCAUUGGAGGUUGCAGACCCUGUGCCCCCAGCAUAGCCAGAAAGUACAAGGAGGAGGCCUCGUGUGGCCUGAUAACCAAGGUCUCAGAUGGGCCCUUCAGCCAGUGCCACACCAAAGUGGAUCCCACAGUAUACUUGGAAAACUGCGUGUACGAUCUGUGCCAGAACGACGGCUACCGGAAGGCCAUGUGUGAGGCCCUGAAGGCCUAUGCGGACGCCUGCCAGCUGGAGGGGGUCAGGAUUGGGGAAUGGAGGCAGCUGGCCAGAUGCUCCAUGGAGUGCCCCCUGGAGAACAGCCAGUACCAGCUCUGUGGAACAGCCUGCCCAGCCACGUGUGUGGACCGGUCAGCCCCCAGCAGCUGCCAAGACCCCUGUGUAGAAAGCUGCCAAUGCAAGGAUGGUUUUGUGCUGAGCCAGGGCAAAUGCAUCCCCAAGAGCGGCUGUGGGUGCCUAUUCGAGGGGCGCCCCUAUGCCCCCAACGAGAGCUUCUGGGUCGAUGAGGCAUGUGGGACACGAUGCAUAUGCAAUGCAACCACUAGGCAAGUCGAAUGCAUGGCCGCCAUCUGCAAACAGUCGGAGAGGUGCGGGCUAGUGAACGGCGUACAAGGCUGUUACCCCUCCAGCUAUGCCACCUGCUCUGUGACAAGGAAUCUGCACUAUGCCACCUUUGAUGGACAGAGAUACGACUUCCAAGGCACCUGCCGCUACCAGCUCACGGCUCUGUGCAAGAAGGCGGAGGGACUGGUGGACUUUGAAGUCUACUUCCAGCAGAACAAUACCGUUCCUGUACAGAUCAAGGUGUAUCAGACCAACCUCAGGGUCAGCAAUCAAUUCCCUGGGAAAGUCCUGGUGAACAAUGUCCUAAUGAAUCUUCCCCUCAAUCUCAUUGAUAAGAGAAUCUCUGUGUAUAGAAAUGGCUGGGCCACAGUGAUCCAGGCAGACUUUGGCCUCACCGUUACCUUUGCUGGGUGGUCAGGACGCACUACGGUCACUCUGCCAGGGACCUACGCAGGAGCUGUGUGUGGUCUGUGUGGCAACUUCAACAGUGACAGGGAGGAUGACAUGCUGAUGAGGGAUGGCACACUGGCACCAAGCACCGUCAGCUUUGGCCAGAGCUGGAAGGUGGGCGACCUCCCGGGAUGCUCUGCAGUAACGAUACCACCAUGCGCAAGUGUAGAGGCUAUUGAAAAACUACAACGAGGUAGCAGAGGGCAGUGUGGGUUCAUCCUCCACAAGAGUGGCCCCUUCAGAGGAUGUCACAGCAAAGUGGACCCUCAUGGAUACUUCGUGGACUGUGUGUAUGGCUAUUGCGUCCUCAGUGGGCGGGAGAGUAACGUCUGCCAGGCCGUUGCUGGCUAUGCUGAGGCAUGUCAGGAAGCUGGAGCUAUGGUGCAUUCCUGGAGGACUACAAAAUUCUGCUCUCCGUCCUGUCCUCUGAACAGUCACUAUGAAUUCUGCAGCAGCAGCUGCGAUCUGACAUGCAGCAACUUCUAUGCCCCGGUGCAAUGCACGACCCAGUGUAAGGAAGGCUGCGUGUGUGAUGAGGGCUUUGUUCUCAGUGGCGACCACUGCGUCCCCAUUUCCCAGUGCGGAUGCCUCCACAGGGGACUUUACUACCAGGCUGAGGAGACCUUCCACCCAAGCGGUUCAUGCAAGGAGCAGUGCAUGUGUCAGGCUGGUGGGGAAGUUGUGUGUAAGGCAUUCUCCUGCGGCGCUGGUGAGGAAUGUGGGGUGGUGGACGGCAUCCAGAAAUGCCACCCAUUUGGAUCUACGACUUGUUCUGCCUCUGGCCAUCCCCACUACCUCUCUUUCGACGGGGUCUCCUUUGACUUCCAAGGCACCUGCACCUACAUUCUGGCCAAGACCUGCACCGAUGCUAGUCACCUUACACCAUUCACUAUCAGCAUAGAGAAAGAAGAUUGGGGCUCCAGGAACGUUUCUGUGGCCAGGCUGGUAUCCAUUAAGGUGUAUGGGAUCACACUCACCCUGCUGCGGAACAAACAUGGGCUCAUCAUGGUGAACGGAGUAUCCCACAACCUCCCAGUGAUCGUGGCUGAUGGGAGAGUUAGAGUGUAUCAACAUGGCACAAACAUUCUGGUGCAAACAAACUUCGGCCUCACUGUGAGCUACGACCUGGUUUACCAGGCCAGGGUCACCAUCCCAGAGAGCUACGAGGGCCAGACGUGCGGCCUGUGCGGGAACUACAACGGACAGGAAGAUGAGGGGUUCCCGCUCCCUGAUGGCAGGACAGCCCCUGAUGCAGCAGCAUUUGGCUCUGCUUGGGAAAUCCAGAUCCCAGGAGCGUCCUGUACAGACAGAUGUGCUGGAAACAGCUGUCCAGUUUGCGAAGAGAAGACGAAGGAGGUCUUCAAAGGGUGCAACUACUGUGGGCUGCUCACAGAUCCUGAUGGCCCCUUGGCGGCCUGCCAUGGCACGGUCAGCCCCAUCGUGUAUCAGAGCAACUGCCUGUAUGAUCUGUGCCUGGGCAACGGGGAUGCACAGAUUCUGUGCCAGAGCAUUCAUAGCUACGUGACGGCCUGCCAAGAGGCUGGGGUCCCCAUCCUGCCCUGGAGGAACACCUCCUUCUGCUCUAUGAACUGCCCAGCGAACAGCCACUAUGAGGUCUGCGCCGACCUCUGCACCUCCACCUGCAGUGGAGACAUCAUGGACUGCCCAGAGACCUGUGCUGAAGGCUGCCAGUGUGACGAUGACUUCUUCUUCGAUGGCCAGGGCUGUGUGACUCCAGAAAGCUGUGGGUGCUUCGAGCGUGGGAGAUACUACAAGCCCAAUGAGACGGUCCUGACGAACGAGUGCCAGCAAAGCUGCACCUGUGUUCCUGCUCGAGGGGUGACUUGUAAAGCCCACGACUGCUCCCAAGAAGAAAUCUGCCAGAUUAGAGAUGGCAUAAUGGCCUGCAUCAGCAAAGUUAUUCCAUCCUGCAGUGUUGUCCACUGCAGAGAAGGAACUAUUUGCAAGAUGAUAAAUGGGCAGCCAGAGUGUGUGCCAGUCUCUCAGGCCACGUGCUGGGCUGGGGGUUACUUGCAUUACCACACCUUUGAUGGACGGGCGUAUGAUUUCCACGGCACCUGCAACUACACGGUGGCCAAGACCUGCAGGGAUGACUCCGUCCUGCCCUCCUUCCAUGUCACGGCCAAGAUCGAGAACAGGGGGAACACACAGGUCUUCUACAUUGGGUCGGUAACUGUCCAGGUGGAUGGAGUCACCAUCACAGCAGCCAGGGCUGAGGUCGGCUUUGUGGGGGUGAAUAACACCAGGGCCCACUUACCCAUCUCCCUGAACAACGGGGCCCUUCGGCUCUAUCAGAGCGGCACCUCCCUCGUCCUCCGCACCGACUUCAACCUCAGCAUGUCCUAUGACUGGAACAACCACCUGAGGAUCACCGUCCCCAGGGUCUUCUCCGACAGCCUGUGUGGCCUGUGCGGCAACUAUAACGGGGACCUCUCCGAUGACUUCCGGACCCUAGAUGGGGACCUGGCUCCCAGUGUCACCGCCCUGGGGAAAAGCUGGGCAGUGGAAGAUGAGGAUCAGUUUUGCUGGCACGACUGCAUUGGAGGCUGCAAGCCCUGUGCCCCCAGCAUAGCCGGAAAGUACAAGGAGGAGGCCUCAUGCGGCCUGAUAACCAAGGUCUCAGAUGGGCCCUUCAGCCAGUGCCACACCAAGGUGGAUCCUACAGUCUACUUGGACAACUGCGUGUACGAUCUGUGCCACAACAACGGCUACAGGAAGGCCCUGUGUGAGGCCCUGAAGGCCUAUGCGGACGCCUGCCAGCUGGAAGGAGUCAGGAUUGGGGAAUGGAGGCAGCUGGCCAGAUGCCCCAUGGAGUGCCCCCUGGAGAACAGCCAGUACCAGCUCUGUGGAACAGCCUGCCCAGCCACGUGUGUGGACCAGUCAGCCCCCAGCAGCUGCCAAGACCCCUGCGUGGAAAGCUGCCAGUGCAAGGAUGGUUUUGUGCUGAGCCAGGGCAAAUGCAUACCCAUGCAAGACUGUGGGUGCCUAUUCGAGGGGCACCCCUAUGCCCCCAAUGAAAGUUAUUGGGUCGAUGAGGCAUGUAGGACACGGUGCAUAUGCAAUGCAACCACUAGGCAAGUCGAAUGCGUGGCCGCCACGUGCAAACAGUCGGAGAGGUGCGGGCUAGUGAAUGGCGUAUGGGGCUGUUACCCCUCCAGCUAUGCCACCUGCUCUGUGACAAGGAAUCUGCACUACACCACCUUUGAUGGACAGAGAUAUGACUUCCAAGGCACCUGCCGCUACCAGUUCACGGCUCUGUGCAAGAAGGCGGAGGGACUGGUGGACUUUGAAGUCUACUUCCAGCAGAACAAUACCGUUCCUGUACAGAUCAAGGUGUAUCAGACCAAUCUCAGGGUCAGCAAUCAAUUCCCUGGGAAAGUCCUGGUGAACAGUUUCCUGAUGAAUCUUCCCUCCAACCUCGUUGAUAAGAAAAUCUCUGUGUAUAGAAAGGGCUGGGCCACAGUGAUCCAGGCAGACUUUGGCCUCACCGUUACCUAUGCCGGGUGGUCAGGACGCACCACGGUCACUCUGCCAGUGACCUACGCGGGAGCCGUGUGUGGUCUGUGUGGCAACUUCAACAGUGACAGGGAGGAUGACAUGCUGAUGAGGGAUGACACACUAGCACCAAGCCCUGUCAGCUUUGGCCAGAGCUGGAAGGUGGGCGACCUCCCAGGAUGCUCUGCAGUAAUGAUACCACCAUGCGCAAGUGUAGAGGCUAUUGAAAAACAACAACGAGGUAGCAGAGGGCAGUGUGGGUUCAUCCUCCACAAGAGUGGCCCCUUCAGAGGAUGUCACAGCAAAGUGGACCCUCAUGGAUACUUCGUAGACUGUGUGUAUGGCUAUUGUGCCCUCAGUGGGCGGGAGAGUAACGUCUGCCAGGCCAUUGCUGGCUAUGCUGACGCAUGUCAGGAAGCUGGAGCUAUGGUGCAUCCCUGGAGGACUACGACAUUCUGCUCUCCAUCCUGUCCCCCGAACAGUCACUAUGAAUUCUGCAGCAGCAGCUGCGAUCUGACAUGCAGCAACCUCUAUGCCCCGGUGCAAUGCACGACCCAGUGUAAGGAAGGCUGCAUGUGUGAUGAGGGCUUUGUUCUCAGUGGUGACCACUGCGUCCCCAUUUCCCAGUGCGGAUGCCUCCACAGGGGACUUUACUACCAGGCUGAGGAGACCUUCCACCCAAGCGGUUCAUGCAAGGAGCAGUGCAUGUGUCAGGCUGGUGGGGAGGUUGUGUGUAGGGAAUUCUCCUGCGGCACUGGUGAGGAAUGCGGGGUGGUGGACGGCAUCCAGAAAUGCCACCUGUUUCGAUCUGCGACCUGUUCUGCCUCUGGCCAUCCCCACUACCUCUCUUUCGAUGGGGUCCCCUUUGACUUCCAAGGCACCUGCACUUACGUCCUGGCCAACACCUGCAUUGAUGCCAGUGACCUUACACCAUUCACUAUCAGCAUAGAGAAAGAAGAUUGGGGCAGCGGGAACGUCUCCAUGGCCAAGCUGGUGUCCAUCCAUGUGUAUGGGAUCACACUCGCCCUGCUGCGGAGCAAACAGGGACAAAUCAUGGUGGACGGGGUAUCCCACAAUCUCCCCGUGAUAAUGGUCAAUGGGCAGCUCCGAGCAUAUCAGCACGGCACUAAUGUCCUGGUGCAAACUGACUUUGGCCUCACUGUGAGCUACGACCUGGUUUACCAGACCAGGGUCACCAUCCCAUGGAGCUACCAUGGCCAGACGUGUGGCCUGUGCGGGAACUACAAUGGACAGCAGGAUGAGGAGUUCCUGCUCCCUGAUGGCAGGACAGCCCCUGAUGCAGCAGCAUUUGGCUCUGCUUGGGAAGUCCAGAUCCCAGGAGCAUCCUGUACAGACAGAUGUGCUGGAAACAGCUGUCCAGUUUGCGAAGAGAAGACGAAGGAGGUCUUCAAAGGGCGCAACUACUGUGGGCUGCUCACAGACCCUGACGGCCCCUUUGUGGCCUGCCACGGCAUGGUCAGCCCCAGUGUGUAUCAGAGCAACUGCCUGUAUGAUCUGUGCCUGGGCAACGGGGACGCACAGGUUCUGUGCCAGAGCAUCCACAGCUACGUGACGGCCUGCCAAGAGUCCGGGGCCCCCAUCCUGCCCUGGAGGAGCGCCUCCUUCUGUCCUAUGAGUUGCCCAGUGAACAGCCACUAUGAGGUCUGCGCUGACCUCUGCACCUCCACCUGCAAUGGAGACAUCAUGGACUGCCCAGAGACCUGUGCUGAAGGCUGCCAGUGUGACGAUGGCUUCUUCUUCGAUGGCCAGGGCUGUGUGAUUCUGCAGAGGUGUGGGUGUUUCGAGCAGGGGAGAUACUACAAGUCCAGUGAGAUGGUCCUGAUGAACGAGUGCCAGCAAAGCUGCACCUGCGUUCCUGCCCGAGGGGUGACCUGCAAAGCCCACAACUGCACCAGUGGAGCAACCUGCCAGAUCAGAGAUGGCGUCAUGGACUGCGUCGGCCAAGUUAUUCCAAAGCCAUCCUGCAGUGUGGUCCGCUGCAGGGAAGGAACUAUUUGUAAGAUGAUAAAUGAGCAGCCAAAGUGUGUGCCAGUCUCUUGGGGCACGUGCUGGGCUGGGGGAUACUUUCAUUACCACACCUUCGAUGGACGGGCAUACGAUUUCCAUGGCAACUGCACCUACACCGUAGCCAAGACCUGCAGGGAUGCCUCCGGUCUGCCCUCCUUCCAUGUCAUGGCCAAGAGCGAGAACAGUGGGAACACACAGGUCUUCUACAGUGGGUCGGUGACUGUCCAGGUGGAUGGAGUCACUGUCACAGCAGUCAGGGCUGAAGCCGGCUUUGUGUGGGUGAAUAACAUCAGGGCCCACUUACCCAUCUCCCUGAACAACGGGGCCCUUCGGCUCUAUCAGAGCGGCACCUCCCUCGUUCUCCGUACCGACUUCAACCUUACAGUGACCUAUGACUGGAACAACCACCUGAGGGUCACCGUCCCUAAUGACUUCUCUGAGAGCCUGUGCGGCCUGUGCGGCAACUAUAAUGGGGACUCCUCUGAUGACUUCCGGACCCCGGACGGGGAUCUGGCUUCCAGUGUCGCUGCUCUGGGGAAAAGCUGGGCAGUGGAAGAUGAGGAUCAGUUUUGCUGGCACGAUUGCAUUGGAGGUUGCAGGCCCUGUGCCCCCAGCAUUGCCAGAAAGUACAAGGAGGAGGCCUUGUGCAGCCUCAUAACCAAGGUUUCAGAUGGGCCCUUCAGCCAGUGCCACACCAAGGUGGAUCCUACAGUCUACUUGGACAACUGCGUGUACGAUCUGUGCCACAAUGACGGCUACCAGAAGGCCCUGUGUGAGGCCCUGAAGGCCUACGCAGACGCCUGCCAGCUGGAGGGGGUCAGGAUUGGGGAAUGGAGGCAGCUGGCCAGAUGCUCCAUGAAGUGCCCCCUGGAGAACAGCCAGUACCAGCUCUGUGGAACAGCCUGCCCAGCCACAUGUGUGGACCAGUCAGCCCCCAGUAGCUGCCAAGACCCCUGUGUGGAAAGCUGCCAGUGCAAGGAUGGUUUUGUGCUGAGCCAGGGAAAAUGCAUCCCCAAGAGCAGGUGUGGGUGCCUGUUUGAGGGGCGCCCCUAUGCCCCCAAUGAGAGUUUCUGGAUCGAUGAGGUAUGUGGGACACAGUGCAUGUGCAACGCAGACACUAGACAAGUCGAAUGCGUGGCCGCUACAUGCAAACACUCGGAGAGGUGCGAACUAGUGAAUGGCAUACGGGGCUGUUACCCCUCCAGCUACGCCACCUGCUCUGUGACAAGGAAUAUGCACUAUGCCACCUUUGAUGGACAGAGAUACGACUUCCAAGGCACCUGCCACUACCAGCUCACGGCCCUGUGCGAGAAAGCGAAGGGACUGGUGGACUUUGAAGUCUACUUCCAGGAGAACAAUACUGCUCCUCUACAAAUCAAGGUUUAUCAGACCAACCUCAGGGUCAGCAAUCAAUUCCCUGGGAAAGUCCUGGUGAAUAGUUUCCUGAUGAACCUUCCCUUCAACCUCGAUGAUAAGAAAAUCACUGUGUAUAGAAAGGGCUGGGCCACAGUGAUCCAGACAGACUUUGGUCUCACCGUUACCUAUGCUGGGUGGUCAGGACGCACCACGGUCACUCUGCCAGUCACCUACGCGGGAGCCGUGUGUGGUCUGUGUGGCAACUUCAACAGGGACAGGGAGGAUGACAUGCUCAUAAGGGAUGGCAUGCUGGCAUCAAGCCGCAUCAGCUUUGGCCAGAGCUGGAAGGUGGGCGACCUCCCGGGAUGCUCUGCAGUAACGAUACCACCAUGCGCAAGUGUAGAGGCUAUUGAAAAGGAGCAACAAGUUAGCAGGGGGCAGUGUGGGAUCAUCCUAGACAAGAGUGGCCCUUUCAGAGGAUGUCACAGCAAAGUGGACCCCCAUGGAUACUUUGUAGACUGCGUGUACGACUAUUGUGUCCUCAGUGGGCAGGAGAGUAAUGUCUGCCACGCCGUUGCUGGCUAUGCCGAGGCAUGUCAGGAAGCUGGAGCUAUGGUGCAUCCCUGGAGGACUACGAAAUUCUGCUCUCCGUCCUGUUCCCUGAACAGUCACUAUGAAUUCUGCAGCAGCAGCUGUGAUCUGACAUGCAGCAACCUCUAUGCCCCGGUGCAAUGCACAACCCAGUGUAAGGAAGGCUGCGUGUGUGACGACGGCUUUGUUCUCAGUGGUGACCGCUGCGUCCCCAUUUCCCAGUGCGGAUGCCUCCACAGAGGACUUUACUACCAGGCUGAGGAGACCUUCCACCCGAGCGGUUCAUGCGAGGAGCAGUGCGUGUGUCAGGCUGGUGGGGAGGUUGUGUGUAGGGAAUUCUCUUGUGGCGCUGGUGAGCAAUGCGGGGUGGUGGACAGCAUCCAGAAAUGCCACCCAUUUGGAUCUGCAACCUGUUCUGCCUCUGGCCAUCCCCACUACCUCUCUUUCGAUGGGGUCCCCUUUGACUUCCAAGGCACCUGCACUUACAUCCUGGCCAAGACCUGCACUGAUGCCAGUGACCUUAUACCAUUCACUAUCAGCGUAGAGAAAGAAGAUUGGGGCACUAGGAAUGCGUCCCUGGCCAAGCUGGUGUCCAUCCAGGUGUAUGGGAUCACACUCACCCUGCUGCGGAGCAAACAGGGACUCAUCAUGGUGGACGGGGUGUCCCACAACCUGCCUGUGAUCGUGGCUGAUGGGCGGCUCUGGGCGUAUCAGCAUGGCGUGAAUGUCCUGGUGCAAACUGACUUUGGCCUCGCCGUGAGCUAUGACCUGGUUUACCAUGCCAGAGUCACAGUCCCUGGUAGCUACCAUGGCCGGAUGUGUGGCCUGUGCGGGAACUACAAAGGGCAGCAGGAUGACGAGUUCCUACUCCCCGAUGGCAGGGUGGCCCCCGACGCUGCAUCCUUCGGGUCUGCCUGGGAAGUUCAGAUCCCAGAAGCCUCCUGUACAGACAAAUGUGCUGGGAACAGCUGUCCAGUCUGCGAGGAUGGGAGGGAAGAUGUCUUCAAAGAAUACAACUACUGCGGGCUGCUCACAGCCCCUGAUGGCCCUUUUGCCACCUGCCAUGGCACGGUCAGCCCCAGCAUGUAUUUCAACAACUGCCUGUAUGAUCUGUGCCUGGGCAACGGGGAUGCAAAGGUUCUGUGCCAGAGCAUCCACAGCUACGUGACAGCCUGCCAAGAGGCUGAGGCCCCCAUCCUGUCCUGGAGGAACACCACCUUCUGUCCUUUGACCUGCCCAGCCAACAGCCACUACGAGAUGUGUGCCAGCCUCUGCGCCACCACCUGCACUGGAGACAUCAUGGACUGCCCGGAGACCUGUGCUGAAGGCUGCCAGUGUGACGAGGGCUUCUUCUUCGACGGCCAGGGCUGUGUGACUCUGGAGAGCUGUGGGUGCUUUGAGCGUGGGAGAUACUACAAGCCCAGCGAGACCAUCCUGAUGAAUGAGUGCCAGCAGAGCUGCACCUGCGUUUCUGCCCAAGGGGUGACCUGCAAAGCCCACAGCUGCACCAGAGAAGAAACCUGCAAGAUCAGAGAUGGUAUCAUGGGCUGCAUCAGCCAAGAUCCCUGCAAAACCCUGAAAUGCCGGAUCAAGGAGAGAUGCAAAAUUGAAGAUGGCCAAGAGGCAUGUGUUCCAGCCUACACUGGAAUCUGCCUGGGCUCACGUGAUGCACAGUACCAAACUUUUGAUGGCCUGAAGUUUGACUUGCAGGGCACCUGCAAGUACACCAUCGCUAAGUACUGUGGCAGUGACCCUACCCUGGAGUCCUUCACCAUCGAUGAGAAGAACGACAACAGGGGGAACCAGGAUAUCUCCUUUUGGCAAGUGACCAAUAUCUACGUCUAUGGGUACAACAUCUCCAUCUACAAGAGGGAAGUUGGCAAAGUCCGGCUGAACAGUGUGAUCACCAGUCUCCCAGUGACGCUGAAAGAUGGUAAAAUCAGACUGUACCAGAAAGCCCUCAGCACCGUCCUGCAGACGGACUUCGGCCUCCAGAUCGCACAUGACAAAAAUUGGCAUGUAGUGAUCACUCUCCCCAGCAGCUAUUAUGGGGCCAUGUGCGGCCUAUGUGGGAACUUCAACCAGAAUCCGGAAGAUGACAUGACGUCAUCCAAAGGCACCAGAGUCUCCUCCAUCAUGGACUGGGCUGCCAGUUGGAAAGUCCAAGACCGGGACCCCUUUUGCUGGGAUUAUUGCCAAGGCACUUGCCCAAUGUGUGAUGAGAGCAAGAGAGAUCUGUAUGGGGAUGACAGUCACUGUGGGGUGAUCAGUAAAGCACCGGGAGGGCCCUUCAGAGAGUGUCACUCAAGGGUGAGCGCUGAUGACUUCUUUGACAGCUGCAUCUAUGACAUGUGUCUGAAUGAGGGGGACAAGAGCAUUCUGUGUGAGGCGCUGGAGGCCUACGCGAAAGCCUGCAGGAAGCAUGGGGUCACUGUCGCUGACUGGAGGACGCCGUCCAGUUGUGAUGCCUGCAAAGCUCUGAAAUGCCGGACCAAAGAGACAUGCCGGACUGAGGAUGGCCACACAUCAUGUAUUCCUGACUAUUUGGGAACCUGCUUGGGCUCAGGGGACAAGCACUACCAAACUUUUGAUGGUCUGAAGUUUGACUUCCAGGGCACCUGCACCUACACCCUGGCCAAAUACUGUGGGAGUGCUGCUACCCUGGAGCCUUUCACCAUUGAUGAGAAGAACGCCAAUAGGGGGAGCCAGGAUAUCUCCUUUCUGCGAGUGACCAACAUCUACAUCUAUGGGUACAACAUCUCCAUCUACAAGAGGGAAGUUGGCAAAGUCCGGCUAAACGGUGUGAUCACCAGUCUCCCGGUGACGCUGAAAGAUGGUAAAAUCAGACUGUACCAGAAAGGCCUCAGCACUGUCAUGCAGACGGACGUUGGCCUCCGGGUGGGAUACAACAAGAACUGGCAUCUGGAAAUCACCCUCCCCAGCAGCUAUUAUGGUGCCAUGUGCGGUCUUUGUGGGAACUUCAACCAGAACCCAGAAGAUGACAUGAUGUCCUCCAACGGCAACAAAGUCUCCGCCAUCGUGGACUGGGCUGCCAGUUGGAAAGUCCAAGACUGGGACCCCUUUUGCUGGCAUUCCUGCCAAGAGAACUGCCUGACAUGUGAUGAGAGCAAGAGAGAUCUGUAUGGGGAUGACAGUCACUGUGGGGUGAUCAGUAAAGCAGCGGGAGGACCCUUCAGAGAGUGUCACUCCACAGUGAGCCCCAAAAACGUCUUUGACAACUGCAUCUAUGACAUGUGUCUGAAUGAGGGGAACAAGACCAUUCUCUGUGUUGCGCUGGAGGCCUACGCAGACACCUGCGGGAACCUUGGAGUCACUGUCUAUGACUGGAGGACACCGUCCAGCUGUGAUGAAUUAGGAGGUUGGGAUUCUGUCGAAACAGGUGGCAAUGGGACUAAUCCAACAGUUUCCCCUGUUGAUGGAGGAGAUGAAACCUGCAAAAUCCUGAAAUGCCAGACCAAUGAGAAAUGCAAAAUUGAAGAUGGCCAAGAGGCAUGUGUUCCUGACUAUGCUGGAAUCUGCCUGGGCUCAGGAGAUGCACAGUACAAAACUUUUGAUGGCCUGAAGUUUGACUUGCAGGGCACUUGCAAGUACACCAUCGCUAAGUACUGUGGCAGCGACCCUACCCUGGAGCCCUUCACCAUUCAUGAGAAGAAUGACAACAGGGGGAACCAGGAUAGCUCCUUUUGGCAGGUGACCAAUAUCUACGUCUAUGGGUACAACAUCUCCAUCUACAAGAGGGAAGUUGGCAAAGUCCGGCUGAACAGUGUGAUCACCAGUCUCCCAGUGACGCUGAAAGAUGGUAAAAUCAGGCUGCACCAGAAAGACCUCAGCACCAUCCUGCAGACGGACUUCGGCCUCCAGAUUGCACAUGACAAAAAUUGGCGUGUAGUGAUCACUCUCCCCAGCAGCUAUUAUGGGGCCAUGUGCGGCCUAUGUGGGAACUUCAACCAGAAUCCAGAAGAUGACAUGACGUCAUCCAAUGGCACCAGAGUCUCCUCCAUCAUGGACUGGGCUACCAGUUGGAAAGUCCAAGACCGGGACCCCUUUUGCUGGGAUUAUUGCCAAGGCACUUGCCCAAUGUGUGAUGAGAGCAAGAGAGAUCUGUAUGGGGAUGACAGUCACUGUGGGGUGAUCAGUAAAGCACCGGGAGGUCCCUUCAGAGAGUGUCACUCAAGGGUGAGCGCCGAUGACUUCUUUGACAGCUGCAUCUAUGACAUGUGUCUGAAUGAGGGGGACAAGAGCAUUCUGUGUGAGGCGCUGGAGGCCUACACGAAAGCCUGCAGGAAGCAUGGGGUCACUGUCGAUGACUGGAGGACACCAUCCAGUUGUGAUGCCUGCAAAGCUCUGAAAUGCCGGACCAAAGAGACAUGCCGGACUGAGGAUGGCCACACAUCAUGUAUUCCUGACUACAUGGGAACCUGCUUGGGCUCAGGGGACAUGCACUACCAAACUUUUGAUGGUCUGAAGUUUGAUUUCCAGGGCACCUGCACCUACACCCUGGCCAAAUACUGUGGGAGCGACACCACCCUGGAGCCUUUCACCAUUGAUGAGAAGAACGCCAAUAGGGGGAGCCAGGAUAUCUCCUUUCUGCGAGUGACCAACGUCUACAUCUAUGGGUACAACAUCUCCAUCUACAAGAGGGAAACUGACAAAGUCCGGCUAAACGGUGUGAUCACCAGUCUCCCGGUGACGCUGAAAGAUGGUAAAAUCAGACUGUACCAGAAAGGCCUCAGCACUGUCAUGCAGACGGACGUUGGCCUCCGGGUGGGAUACAACAAGAACUGGCAUCUGGAAAUCACCCUCCCCAGCAGCUAUUAUGGUGCCAUGUGCGGUCUUUGUGGGAACUUCAACCAGAACCCAGAAGACGACACGAUGUCCUCCAACGGCAUCAAAGUCUCCGCCAUCAUGGUCUGGGCUGCCAGUUGGAAAGUCCAAGACAGGGACCCCUUUUGCUGGCAUUCCUGCCAAGAGAACUGCCUGACAUGUGAUGAGAGCAAGAGAGAUCUGUAUGGGGAUGACAGUCACUGUGGGGUGAUCAGUAAGGCAGUGGGAGGACCCUUCAGAGAGUGUCACUCCACGGUGAGCCCCGAAAACGUCUUUGACAACUGCAUCUAUGACAUGUGUCUGAAUGAGGGGAACAAGACCAUUCUCUGUGUUGUGCUGGAGACCUAUGCAGACACCUGCGGGGACCAUGGAGUCACUGUCUAUGACUGGAGGACACCAUCCAGCUGUGAUGAAUCUGGAAGCUGGUAUUCUGACGAAACAGGUGGCAAUGGGACUAAUCUGACAGUUUCCCCUGUUAAUGGAGGAGAUGAAACCUGCAAAGCCCUGAAAUGCCGAACCAAGGAGACGUGCAAGACAGAGGAUGGCCACGCGACAUGUGUUCCCGACUACGUGGGAACUUGCUGGGGCUGGGGGGACCCACAUUAUCACACCUUUGAUGGCCUGACGUUUGACUUCCAGGGCACCUGCACCUACACCAUUGCCAAGUACUGUGGCCAUGACCACUCCCUGGAGCCCUUUACCAUCGAUGAGAAGAAUGAUAACAGGGGCAGCCAGGCCAUCUCCUUUCUACGAGUGACCAACAUCUAUGUCUAUGGGUACAACAUCUCCAUCUACAAGAGGGAAGUUGGCAAAGUCCGGCUAAACGGUGUGAUCACCAGUCUCCCAGUGACACUGUCAGACAGUAAAAUCAGAGUGUAUCAGAGCGGCUUCCGCGCCAUCCUGCAGACGGACUUUGGUCUCCAGGUGGCAUACAACUGGGACUGGCAUCUGGUGAUCACCCUCCCCAGCAGCUAUUAUGGUGCCACGUGUGGCCUAUGUGGGAACUUCAACCGGAACCCUGAAGAUGACAUGACGUCAGCCAGCGGCACCAAAGUCUCCUCCAUCGUGGGCUGGGCUGCCAGUUGGAAAGUCCAAGACCGGGACUCCCUUUGCUGGGAUUCCUGCCAAGAGAACUGCCUGACAUGUGAUGGGAGCACAAGGGAGCUGUACAGGGGCGACAGUCACUGUGGGUUGAUCAGCAAAGCACCGGGAGGGCCCUUCAGAGAGUGUCACUCCAGAGUGAACUCCAGUGAGUUCUUCGAUAGUUGCACCUAUGAUGUGUGUCUGAACAGGGGCGCUACGAGAAUCUUGUGCCAGGCGCUGGAGGCCUACGCAGCAACCUGCAGAGACCACGGGGUCACCGUCCAUGACUGGAGGAUGCCAUCUGGCUGUGCCCUUCCCUGCCCUGAGAACAGCCACUAUGAGGCCUGUGGGAACGCCUGCCCGGCCAGCUGCUCUGACCGAACUGCCCCCUCCUCCUGCCGGGAGCCCUGCGUGGAGACCUGCCAGUGUAAUGACGGUUACGUCCUCAGCACUGAUAAGUGCAUCCCCCUGGGGAGCUGUGGCUGUGACUACAACAGCCGCUACUACAAACCCAGUGAGGAGUUCUGGGCCGAUGAGAACUGCCACUCUCGGUGCAGGUGUGACUCCAGCCUGGGCACAGUGGUUUGCAGGAAGACCAGUUGCAAAGCCAAAGAAAGAUGCUCCGUGGUCAAUGGGGUCCGUGGCUGCCAUGCAAUCAGCUACUCCACCUGCAUAGGUACUGGAGACCCUCACUACACCACCUUUGAUGGGAAAAAGUAUGAUUUCAUCGGCACCUGCAUCUACCAGUUCGCGGCUCUCUGCUCUGAGGACCCCACACUCACCCCAUUCAGUGUCAAAGUGGAGAACAACAAUCGAGGCAGUAAGGCCGUGUCCUUCACAAAAACAGUGACUUUAGAGGUCUACAACAUGACCAUCAGCUUGAGCCAGGAGCAUCCACGCAAGAUCCAGGUUAAUGGUGUCUUUGUGGACCUGCCCUUCUCCCAUCAGCACAAGUUCAAGGCCUACAUCAGUGGAGUCCAUGGCUUUAUUCAGACUGAUUUCGACCUGAGAGUGAGCUUCGACUGGUACAGCUACGCCAGGGUCAUCAUACCCAAUACGUACGCCAAUGCUGUCUGCGGCCUCUGUGGCAAUGCCAAUCAGAACCCCAGCGACGAUCUGACCAUGAAGAAUGGAACUCAGACAUCUGAUGAGAUUCAGUUUGCCGACAGCUGGAAGUUGGGGGAGGUCCCAGGGUGCUCGUCUGGCUGCACCGGGGACUGCUCAGUCUGCAGUGAGGCUCAGAAACAACCCUAUAAGGGAGACCAGUACUGUGGGGUCCUCACCCGACAGAACGGGCCAUUCAGAGAGUGCCAUGGGGCCAUAGACCCAGCUCCCUUCUUUGAUGAUUGUGUCUUUGACACCUGCCAAUACAAGGGUCACCAGGACACACUGUGCAGCGCAAUCAGCACCUACGUCACCUCCUGCCAGGCCAGGGGCAUCCGGAUAGGGCCGUGGAGAUUGGCCUCAUUCUGCAGACCCACCUGUCCUCUUAACUCUCACUACGAACUCUGUGGAAUUAGCUGCCCUUCCAACUGCAACGACCUGUGGGCUCUAGAUCGGUGUGACAAACCCUGUGCUGAAGGAUGUUUCUGUGAUGCUGGAUUCACCCUGAGUGGUGACAAGUGCAUGCCUGUCGCGCAGUGUGGCUGUGUGCACCAGGCCAUGUAUUACAAGAAGGGAGAGGAGUUCUACCCCAGCGCCUCCUGCCAGGAACGCUGCCUGUGCAAAGACAAUGGGGUCGUUGAGUGCCAGGAGGCCUCCUGUGGAGCCAAUGAGGAGUGCAGGGUGGAGAACGGAGUCCUGGGCUGCCAUGCCAUGGGCUAUGGAACAUGUGUCGCAUCUGGUGGAUCUCACUACAUCUCCUUUGAUGGACGGGCCUUUGACUUCCAGGGCUCCUGCACUUACACCUUAGCCAAGGUCUGCAGCAGAGACGCUGGACUAGGAAACUUCUCUGUGGUGGUGGAGAAUGAGAGCCCUGGAGGUGGCCACAUGGCUGUGACAAGGACAAUGGUGGUGGUCUCCCUGCAUGAUUACACCAUCGCCAUGGAGAGUGGGAGGAAGUGGAAGAUUGCGGUGGGUGAUGAGCUCUACACCCUCCCGCUCACUGCAGAUGAUGGGAAACUUUGGAUCAACCAAGAAGGGAACAACAUCAUUGUCCAAUCAGCUUCUGGCCUCAAAGUCUUUUAUGACACUGCCUCCUACCUCCUACUGUCUGUCCCCAGCACCUAUAAGGGACAUGUGUGCGGCUUGUGUGGCAACUUUAACGAUGACAAGAACGAUGAUCUCCUACUGCCCGGUGUGAAGAGUACCGAGAAUGUGGAUGAAUUUGUUGCCUCCUGGAAGGUGCCUGUUGAUGGUGUCACAUGCUCUGAUGGCUGUGGUGAGAAGUGCCCCAUCUGUGAUGCAGCCCAGACAGCGCCAUACCAGACUGAGAGCUCCUGUGGGCUGAUCCCGGCCACCUCAGGUCCCUUCAGAGACUGUCAUUCGAUAGUCAGUCCUGUUGAGUACUUCAACCACUGUCUCUAUGACAUGUGUGCCACCAACGGAAGGGGAGAGACCCUCUGCCAGAGCCUGCAGGCCUAUAUGGCUGCGUGCCAGGCAGCUGGGGCCAAGAUUGAGACCUGGAGAACAGCCUCCUUCUGCCCCUUCACCUGCCCGGCUAACAGCCACUACGAGCUGUGUACCAGAUCCUGCGAUUUCACCUGUGCAAGAUUGUUUGCCCCUGCCCAAUGCACCGGGAAGUGCUUUGAAGGCUGCUGGUGUGACCAAGAAUAUGUGUCUGAUGCAGAGGCAUGCAUCUCCAUGGACAGGUGUGGCUGUGUGCACAACGGACGCUACAUCAAGGCCGGGGAGAGCCUUGUGUCCAGCAACUGCUCCGAGAAUUGCACCUGCCACGCCUCAGGCGAGGUCAUCUGUGAGGAAACAAACUGUACCGAAGAGGAGAAAUGCAUGCUCAGGAAUGGGGUGCGCAGCUGCGUGAAGCAGGUGGGCCGGUGCACGCUGGCCCCAGGAAUAUGGUUCACCUCCUUUGAUGGUGUCAAGAGGGAAGUCCUCCUUGACGGGGCCUAUGAGGUGUCUUCCCUCUGCAAAGGGGUCGACCUCCCCUGGUUCCGGAUGGUGGUCAGUGUGUUCAGAGAAGGUGGCUUGGCCGUUCCUGAUGGCAUCUCCGUUUUCUUCGGCGAGGGUCUUAUCCAUGUCAAUAAGAAAAAGGAGGUUUGGGUGAGAGGGCACCAAAGGCAGCUCCCAGUGAACGUAUCCAACUUAUCUGUAAGUGAGUCUCAGGGCACCAUCAUGAUUGUCCAGGGCUCUAGAAUAAAGAUUCUGUUCAGCCUGAGCGGUGAGGUGACGGUGACAGUCAACGAGAGCCUGGAUAACAAGCUGUGUGCACCUUGCGGGAACUUCAAUGGCGACAUCUCUGAUGACCUGCGGCUGCCCAGCGGGCAGGUUGUGGGGAACAUCACAGACAUGUUUGAAGCUUGGAGGGCGCAAAAUCUCUCAAGAAGCGAUGUUUAAAAGCCACCUGAGCUGCAGUGGACCCCGCCCCCUUUCCCUUCCCUGCAUUGGACUGGGCUGGAUGGUUACUCAGUAACAGGUCAAAGCUUAGCACACACACGUGUGUUCCUUCAUGUAGGGUGCUCCCUGCAGCGUGGAUGAGUUUAGUGGUGCCGGGUGCAUGACGGAAAAUCUCAUCUGGAUUUGUCAAUAGAGAAGUUUGCAAAGGUGUGUGUGAAGCAGCAGGCUCUGGCAUGCCUCAGGAAAUGGCUUGGAUCUGACUGUGCUAAGAUCCCGUCACACCACCAUUUAAGGCCUCUUUAUGCUGCCAAAGUGGAAUAAAGGAGCCUCAGCAUAAUGCGA